CCGACAGUGUGUUGUGACUGUACUAUGCAAUGGGCCAGAUGAUGUUGGCUGCCAGCGAGUGGAUAUUGUGCCUUUUGAUUUAGUAUGAGAACCGAGAGCGCAGCAACGCUUUGGCAGAGACCACUUGGUUCCUGAAACCCUCGAUCGUUCGUAACACUGAAGAAAAUCACAUGACGCUGACCAACUAAUCUGCAGCUAGUAAUCUUUUCGCCGUUUGACACUUGAAGGACAUCGCAUUAUUCACCAGCUGUGGUCGAGCAAAUAAACAGAAAUGUCGGACAGAGCUCGUCUCCCCCGCAGACCGUUAAACCGCUACCCACCAAAUUUUGAAGACCAAACCACUGAUUCUGGAGGAGAGUCUCAACCACUUCUGUCAUCAGACGGCAGUCGUACAAGCAAUAACAGCUACACAAUGCCUGUUUGUAUGUUUCCUGACUCUGAAACAAGUGAUAUGGAAUAUGUUGCUAAUUACCAGAGGACCAGAGAACUAUUACGCAAAACCUACUCAAACAACCGCAGACCAUUCCAUUACCACACCCACAGACGUAUAUCGGGACAAAUUGAUGAAUCCUCCUCAGCAACAUACAAUCGAUUUCAGUACUACAAUAAGUUGAGGAGCACAGUGACAGUGGAAGAACCAGCCCUGAUUAUACCUGAUCAUGUGAUCCCGCCAACAUUCUUUUUACCUUACUUCCCAGGCACGGAGAGGCCGACAGGCAAACAAAGCAGCAUCGUCACUAUAUUCGCAAUAUGGAACACAAUCAUGGGUUCAUCUUUGCUCUCGAUGCCAUGGGGAGUGUCACAAGCUGGCCUUGGCGGAGGCCUUAUUCUGAUGGUUUUCAUGAGCACUAUUUGUCUGUACACCACUUGGCGCUUGCUCAAGAUCAACCAGUUGCAUGGAGGCGAACACACCGAGGUCCCUGACAUUUCAAGAAAGCUGCUAGGUUGGCCUGCUGAAAUAGCUGCUAAGGUUUUUUCACUUGUCGUGCUUUUGGGAGCCACUAUUGUUUAUUGGGUUCUGAUGUCAAAUUUCCUCUACUACUCUGUGGAUUAUUUUUAUACAAAGUAUACGAAAAAUGUUGAUGUCUCCAAUGCAUCUAGCGUCCUGUGUCCAAGUGCCAAUCUACCACCAGUUCACAACGAGACCGCAAGUUUCUUUGGCUUCCUACUGGCAUCACAAGAUGACGAUUAUCACAAGUGGUGGAAUAUGAACUCGACAGUGCCUCUUGUUUUGAUUCCUUUCAUUGCUCCGCUUAUAAGUUGCAGGAACGCGACUUUUUUCACAAAAUUUAAUUCAAUUGGCACACUCUCUGUCUUUUACCUAUUGGGCUUUAUAGCAACGAAGGGCGCUCAGUGGGGUAUAAAUGCAGAUAUUCAUACACCCACUAGUCCGUCCUUUACACCAAUAUUUGAGCAGUCCUUCCCUGCGCUCUCGGGUCUCCUUGCUCUCUCAUUUUUCAUACACAAUAUUGUCAUAACUGUGAUGAAGAACAACCGCAAUCCAGAAAACAAUGGCCGUGAUCUGUCCAUUGCUUAUGGCCUUGUGACAAUGACUUACAUCCUCAUCGGGUUUGUUUUCUAUGUGACUUUCCCCUUGGCAAAAACCUGCAUUGAGGACAACAUCCUGAACAACUUCCCUGCGUGGGAUGUGAUGGCCGUUACUGCCAGGAUCUUUUUGCUCUUUCAGUUGGUCACUGUAUUUCCACUAGUGGCAUACAUGAUCAGGGUCCAAGUUUUUGCAGCUUUGAAACUCCCAGCAACUGCCUUGGAGGCCAGAGUGCCAAUCCUUACUCUUAACACCGUUAUUGUCUGUCUCUGCGUUUUGUUUGCAAUUUUUCUACCAAAAAUUGGAACAAUCGCAAGGUUCACUGGUUCAAUAUCUGGAAUGGUCUACGUUUUCACUCUUCCCUGUCUGCUGCAUAUGGUGUCGUUGUUCCAAGAAAAUAGGCUAACCUGUCUCCAAGUUUUGAUUCAUACAAUUAUUCCGCUUGUUGGUGCUAUCAAUUUACUAGCUCAGUUUUUUGUGCUGUAAUUUUUUCAGGCAAGAUAUCUCAAAUUAUGUGUGAUACGCGUGAUAUGACAAAUUCCAGCAAAAAGCUGCCUUAUUGCAAGAUAAGCUUCAAAGACUGAUCUGAUAUAUGAGAAAUUUUAAGUUAUUUGAGUACCUUUUUAAGUAGUACCUUCAUUGAAUGUGUUACAUUACUUAUCUAGUAAAUUAAUGUUCUUUAAGAUCUAUGAUGUGAGGCCAAAGAUGUGUUAAAGAUUUCAAACUGUGAGAUUUUCAGGAUAGUUUCAAUUUACAACAAAGUUUGUACAAUAAUAUUCUACUUGUCACUCAUUCAUUGAAAUUCGCACAUCCGCACAUUUAACACUGUAAAUUUAUCAACUAGUCUCACUUUUUUUCUUCUGGAAUAGGCUCGAAUCCUUCUUCAACUAUUCUCUUCUUGAACACUUCAAAUUUACGUUUUCGCUCAAAGUGUUUAACCUAUAAAACCGAAAAUUGUCAUUAUGUGGUUGUACCUUAAACUAGUUCAAGGAUUUCUUUACCCAUUGACCAGGGCAUUUUGAUGCAAAAACCUGGUACAGAUCUUGGCAUGCUUUUUCUGGGUCUAAUUGCUUGCUUGCUUCAGCUUUGUCUAAACACUUCCAGUAAUCAUCUCUUGAUUUCCAGCAUAUUGAUCUUUCCUCUUUGUUGAGAUGAGGCAUCUUGCUAUAAAAUAAAAGUUAAUAUUAUUGUAUGUAUACAAACUGUGA